AUGGGCUCAACAAACCCCUUAGAAAUAUUGGAAAAUAGAAUUUUAGAUGAAAAAAAAGUAGAAGAUAAGGAAAAGGAAGAGAAAGGAGAACUAGAUCCAUUUAUGUCAGAUGAUGAAUCUUUUGAAUCAAGCGAUAGCGAAGAUAAAAAGAGAAAAAAGAAAGUGAUAAAUAAGUCUAGUAAAAUAAAAACGGACGAAUUUGGAAGAAAGAUUAGAAGUACAAGUAAAUACGGGAGUGAAAAUAAAAAAAUAAAAUUAAAAUCGGAUAAAAAACAUGAAUUGUAUAAAAAGAGGAAGUUAGAAUACGAAAAGGAUUUUAAAGAAAGAGAAGAAGGAAAAGAAAGUGUGUUAAAAUAUCAACUAUCAGCAAUAGAUAGAAUGACAAUGAGAAGAGAACAACUGUUAAAAAAACAUUCCACAAACUUUAUAAACGAUAUAAGAAAGUCGAAAGAUAAGUGA